AUCCCUAGAUAUAAAAGAGAUAAAAUUUGCAACAUAGGGUUUCUCCUAUUAGGGUUUUCUUGCUUCUUCCAGGCUUUCGCGGUUGAGCCCUGAACCUGAAUCGAAAAUGCCGUCGCACAAAACGUUCAGAAUCAAGAAGAAGCUCGCCAAGAAGAUGAGGCAGAACAGGCCCAUCCCUCACUGGAUCCGUAUGAGGACCGACAACACCAUCAGGUACAAUGCCAAGCGCAGGCACUGGCGCCGCACGAAACUAGGGUUUUGAGGUGGAUUAUAUUUCUAUAUUUUCCUUUUUGCCCUCUUUUUGAGUCGAUUUAGGAUUUUAGUUAUUGCAAGACAUGAAUGAAUAGCACUCUUUCUGUAUUUUGCACAUUAAUUAGCUGGGAACUCCUGUAAGCCCACUUCACAGGCAUUUCGAUGAGAUUAAUUAAUAUUUGAAUGACAAGUUAGAUUUCAUUUUUUAUAUUCA